AAGUGCACUAGAGAGCGGUUCUGGACAGAGCCACGGUGCAGAGCGCUGAACGGUUGCUGAAUAAGGCCCGAUGCGGAGUUGAGGUAACUCUUAUUCAGAGAGAAGACGUGGAGACGAGACGCCGCAAUAAGACAGUUAUUUCGUUAUUCUGAAGAAAACGUCGUCGUGAGCGAGCCAUGGAAGUGUCCUUUGAGGUUUUGGGUGAAGCCGAGCGGCCGCGACACCGGCCAUUUCUUAUCGGGGUCAGUGGAGGAACCGCCAGUGGGAAGUCCACCGUGUGCGCUAAGAUCAUGGAGUUGCUGGGCCAGAACAAGGUGGACCAUCACCAGAGGAAAGUGACCAUCGUGAGCCAGGACAGUUUCUACCGAGUGCUCACUCCGGAGCAGAAAGCGAAAGCUCUCAAAGGCCAGUACAACUUCGACCAUCCAGACGCGUUCGAUACAGAGUUGAUGUGGCAGACGUUGAAGGACAUUGUGGAAGGGAAGGUUGUGGAGAUUCCAACAUAUGACUUUAUCACACAUUCCAGGUUACAGGAGAAGAUUUGCGUGUAUCCAGCCGAUGUCGUUCUGUUUGAAGGAAUUCUAGUGUUCUACACACAGGAAGUCAGAGACAUGUUCCAUAUGAAACUGUUCGUGGAUACAGACUCAGAUGUACGUCUGUCACGCAGAGUUCUUAGAGACAUGAGGAGAGGUCGUGACUUGGAACAGAUCCUUACACAAUACACCACGUUUGUUAAACCAGCCUUUGAGGAGUUCUGCUUACCAACCAAGAAAUAUGCAGAUGUGAUAAUACCUCGUGGAGUAGACAACAUGGUGGCGAUUAAUUUGAUCGUGCAGCACAUCCAAGACAUCCUAAGCGGCGACAUCUGCAAGUGGCAGAGAGGAACUGCUAACGGACACUCCUCCGACCGGACCUUAAAAAGAGGUGUGGACGAAGCGAGGGAGAACCCAGACGGAGGAGGGACCAAUCCCAUGAAACGCCCCUUGCUGGAGCCUAGUACACGGCCUCAUUAGCACCCAGACACACAGGAGAACGUUCAUAAAACUUUCAAGGUAGAAAACAUUUGCAUGCUUCCAAAUCCAUCGGGAUCCACGCACACAGUGUUCUGAUUCAGUAUGUAACUCAGUCAUACUGUUAAACAGAAACAGUAGCCGUAUUCAUAAUCAGUGAGUCUUUCAACUAUUCCCAAAUGAAAGAGUAGGCUAAGCAGUAAAUAUGUUGUGAACGUAUCAAUGGUAUGGCGGCUUCCUUUAUUUUAUUUAUUUAUUUAUUUUUUCUUGGGGGGACCUUAUGUCAAAAUGCUUUGGUACAUACAAUACCUUAGGGUUUCCUUCAGCCUUUUAAUUUUGAUGCUCUCCCCCAUGACCCACCGGUACAGUGUCUACUCUCUGCUUUUUCACUCGCAAAUCUAACGACGAGAAGUUCUCUGCGAUGGAUCAUGUGGUAUGAGUGACUAUGGACUGAGAGAAAAUUUAAUUCACGUCCCGUCAUGUGAUGGAGGAACGUAUUCGGCAUGAUCAGCAAAUACUACUUAGGUUUUGUAUUUUAUCAUUUUAUGAAAUACACCGUUUCAUCCAACAA